UUUUCGAAAAAGCAGGCCAAAAGGGUAUUAAUGUAGCAGCGUUAAAAUCGGUGCUUGACUUCGACUUUGCCCACCACUUCGAUCUUUCCUCCCCUUCCCUGUUCUUCUAGGCAGAUUUGCAUUAAACUAGAAGGCUUCAAACAUGAAGCGUUGAGCUCAAAAAAUUCGUGCCGCCAUGGAUGCCAGAAACAAACCAUGGGUGAUUCUAUCUCUGCUGUUCCUCGGCUUCUCUAUCAUUUCUUAUCACGCCCGCGGUGCCGACACUAUCUCUGCAAACAACUCUCUCUCCGGCGAUAAGACCAUCGUCUCUUCGGGCGGUAACUUCGUGUUGGGAUUCUUCGAACCAGGUAAUUCUUCCAAAUCCUACAUAGGCAUCUGGUACAACAGGGUUUCUCAACGAACCGUAGUUUGGGUAGCCAACAGAGAUCGACCCAUCUCUGAUAAACACUCUGCGGAACUGAAAAUCUCGGGUGGUAACUUGGUGCUCCUUAACGAAUCCAAAACCCCUGUUUGGUCCACAAAUUUGAACUCCACGGGCUCAAUUUCUCCGGUGGCUGUUCUUCAGGAUACGGGAAAUUUUGUUUUGAGGGGUGGGUCUAAUUCAUCUUCCCCAAUUUGGCAGAGCUUUGACCAUCCAACUCACACUUGGCUCCCUGGUGGUAAAAUUGGGUUGAACAAAAUUACGGGUAGAAAUCAGCUUCUUACUUCAUGGAAGAACGCUGAUGAUCCUGCACCGGGUCUCUUCUCGCUUGAGCUAGACCCUGCGGGAACUAGCCAGUACUUCAUAAGGUGGAACAACUCUAAGACUUAUUGGACUAGUGGGACUUGGAAUGGGCAUAUUUUCAGCUUAGUUCCUGAAAUGAGAUUGAACUAUAUCUAUAAUUUCAGCUAUGUGUCAAACAACAAUGAGAACUAUUUCAUCUACUCUGUUUAUGAUCAAUCAAUUAUAUCUAGAUUUAUCAUGGAUGUUUCGGGUCAAAUUAAGCAGUUGACAUGGCUGGAGAGUACAGGAUGGAAUUUGUUUUGGACCCAGCCGAGACAGCAGUGCGAGGUUUAUGCUUUUUGCGGCGGUUAUGGCAGCUGCAAUGAGAAUGAAUUGCCAUUUUGCAACUGUUUGACGGGGUUUGAGGCAAAGUUUCCAAAAAAUUGGAGUUUGGCGGAUUAUUCUGGUGGGUGCAUCAGGAAGACCCAAUUGCAGUGCAGAAGUAAUAGCACUGCUAAUGGGAAAAAAGAUGGGUUUUUGCCGAGUCCCAACAUGAAAGAACCUGAUAAUGGACAUUCUGUGUCGGUAGGCAGUGCGGCAGAAUGUGAAUCGACUUGUUUGAAUAACUGUUCUUGCACUGCUUAUGUCUAUGAAAUGGGUGGGUGUUCCAUUUGGAUUGGAGAUCUGUUGAAUCUGCAACAACUCACACAAGGUGAUGGUAAAGGGAAAACUUUGCUUAUUAAACUUGCUUCAUCUGACUUACCUGGUCACAAGGACAAUAAGGGAAAGGUAAUUAGUAUUGCUAUGGGUUCAGCUGCAGGUGUGGUGGCUUUCUUGGGCAUUGUUUUCAUUUUGUUUUUGAGGAGGAGAAAGAGAUCAGUCAGAUCAAUGCAAGCAGGAGAGGGUUCAUUGGUGGCAUUUGGUUACAAAGAUUUACAAACUGCAACAAGGAAUUUCUCGGAAAUAUUGGGCGGCGGAGGAUUUGGUUUUGUUUUCAAAGGGAUAUUACCGGAUUCAACAGUUGUAGCUGUGAAGAAGCUAGAAAGCUUCAGCCAGGGAGAGAAGCAAUUCCGAACAGAAGUCAGCACAAUUGGGACAAUCCAACAUGUUAAUCUUGUUCGGCUUUGUGGGUUUUGCUCUGACGGCAUUCACAAGUUGCUAGUCUAUGAUUACAUGCCAAAUGGGUCUUUAGAUGCUCAUCUUUUUCAUGAAAAGGAUGGCAAAGUGUUAGACUGGAAAACAAGGUACCAAAUUGCACUUGGGACAGCAAGAGGAUUGGCUUAUCUCCAUGAAAAGUGCAGAGACUGCAUCAUACACUGUGAUAUAAAACCUGAAAAUGUUCUUUUAGAUGCUGAUUUCUGUCCCAAAUUGGCUGAUUUUGGCCUUGCAAAGCUUCUUGGGAGGGAAUUCAGCCGGGUUCUGACAACCAUGAGAGGUACAAGAGGCUAUCUUGCGCCAGAAUGGAUUUCUGGUGUAGCCAUCACUCCCAAAGCUGAUGUUUACAGCUAUGGAAUGAUGCUUUUUGAAUUUAUAUCUGGAAGAAGAAACUCCGAGCAUUCUGAAAAUGUUGGAGUUAAGUUCUUCCCUACUUGGGCUGCAGGCCAACUAGUUGAAGGCGGCGAUGUCCUGAGCUUGUUAGACCAGCGGUUGGAGGGCAGCGCUGAUGCGGAAGAGCUGACAAAAGCUUGUAAACUCGCAUGUUGGUGCGUCCAAGAUGAAGAAGCUCAUAGGCCAUCAAUGGGCCUGGUGGUUCAAAUUCUUGAGGGGGUUUUGGAUUUGAACUUUCCACCUAUCCCAAGAUCUCUCCAAGUGUUUGCUGAUCAACAAGAGCACAUUGUUUUCUUUUCCGAGUCCUCAAGACAAAGCUCUCAUGCACAGAGCAAUGCCUCAUCUGCUUCCUCUCAGACGAAGAGCUCCAUGUCAUCAAUGGGUUCAAAGACAUGAAGAAAAUGAAAUGACAAUCUGUAGGCAUGUUCUGUAUUCUUAUACGAAAGCCUAAAUCUCUGUCGCUGUAUCUUGUUUUAUUUUCAGAGCAACAUGUCUGUCCAUUCAGUGAAAUCUUAGAUUUCAUUGACUUGGGUAAUGUAAAUGUAUGUGAUUAUCUGCAGAUGUUAGCCUUACUCCAACUGUUAUUUAUGUUUCAUUGCUCUAGUGCGUAAAAUCUACUCAUUCAAUAUACUUUCCUUCCAAGGGUUUUAGAAUUAACAUUGCAACUCCUGUCCCUGGAAAUUCGGGGGUUUUGAUU